GCAUGUUCUACGCCCGCCGUAUCCAAAUCACGUGUACUUGAGUUGCCAAGGUCUCGUGUCGUCCUCCGAGUCUCUGGAGUCGUGUCAUAUUUAAGUUCAUGCCCCCCAAAAUGCGUGGCUUGCUACCUCCAGGCAAUCCUAGUACGCAUGUUGAUGUCCAGACUUUAUGCCAUUGGCUCUAGACCAGCACGUCUUGCGGGGAGGUAGUUCCGACCGCGUCCGUUGGAUCCGACCUUCCCCGUGACUGAAACGGAUCGGCCCACUAUAAAGUUCGGGUUUGCCUCGCUUACACGCCACCUUCAGCUUAUUUACUACCCCACCCAAAAUGCUGUCCGUUUUAUCCGAGUCUUCGUUGCAACCUCUAGAGGAGCCGCACCUUCUCGAGGAUGAGCCCGAGCCUCAGCUUGAGGUCCAGCUCAACGAAUUGGGAAACAUUCACGACGCAGUCGAACCGUUCACAAAAGCUAUCAUGCGGUCUGGAAAUGCCUCAGUCCGACUGCACUGCACCGUGCCGACGUGGUGCCCCUCGUCCGACAUAUGCCUUGACCUUCAUGAUUUACACGACUUACGAUCUCGCUGUCUCUUAUUCAUCCAUGACCUUCUUCAGGCUUUGCGUUCCUCUGGAGUUCACGCGUCUUAUAGUCUUGCGCCGUCAAACUCGUCUCUCUGUCUUGUCUGCGCAUCUCCCCCUGACUUGAAGGGAUCUCAAGUCACAUCAUUUGUUAUCGACAUUCUGCAGCACACUAAACUGAGCAAAAGGAAGAAUGUCGUUCUCGCAGAUCUAAAAUCGUGCCCUAGCCUUAUCAUCACUUAGCCGUCUCAGUCGCAUGGACAUGUUCAAUUUCGUUUAUGGGAAUCUUUUGCUUGCAUUCAUGUAUUAUUACCCCGAGCAAUUGUACA